AAGACAGCGAGCGCAUGACACCUACAACUCUCUCGUGGCUGCCAUUGUGAGGUUGUCAGCCUGGAAGCUUCUGCACGAAUAUGAAUUUGACUGAAUGCUAUAAUUAACUCGAAUAGAGAACACUUCGGUACAAUAACCUACGUCCUAUACGAAGCCAUGGAAGCUUAUGGAAUAUCACUUCUUAAAUGGCGAAAUUGCGGUCAGUAAAGUAAUUCCGGUUAUUAAUUUUUGACUCUCCGAUUUCUGGAGGAAACUAAUUGGUGCUUGUUUACGCCUGAACCCAAAAAUUUUUAAAAGACAGUGUCAACUAAUUUUUGUUAGCUGCGCUUCGACUGACAUCAUACCCAAUUUGAACGCACAUCGAAAAAUCCAAAAGUGGGAUGCUGUGACGCUGAUCAGAUGUGUCUUCAGUUCAAAGUCAUUUGCUACCAAACCUUCUUUGGUUAUGCACAAGAGACACAGUUCUGAUGCGAAAUUAACCAGGGGAGGGUAGGAGAUUUAAACUUUUUUGAAUCGGAUUAAGAAAACAUAAUUCGCAAAGGAUUAUCAGACAAACCAGCAUGAAUGGCACUACGGGACUCCUGAACCCGACGCUGACCGUGGAAGAGUACACGGACAGUGCGGGAAUUGACAACGUGCGCCAGUGCUGCAACUUAUCUGCUGCCGCCGCCGCCUCGGUCAUUACGGAUGGUCGGUUUGGUCUGUCCCUACCGACCGAGCAAGAUCUCUUCAUCAUGCGCCUAGUGCAGAUUGCUGUGCUGUGCGUAUUGUCGUUGACCGUGAUUUUUGGCAUCUUCUUCCUGGGCUGCAAUCUUCUCAUAAAGUCGGAAAGCAUGAUCAACCUGCUCGUGGAAGACCGCAGACCGUCAAAGGAAGUGGAAGUUAUAAUGGUCGCGUCCUAAGUCGGGGACAGAGCACAGAAGAGUCGGAGGACAUGCUGUGACAUUUAACAUAAAGUGGAUUUUCAUUAUACCCUAUGGGUAAAUGACUUGUUAACUGUUUAUUCUAUUGUUACGAUUGAAAAGUGGUUCAGACUGCAUCCAUAUAAAACAAUGUUAAUGCGCAAACAAAAUAAUCCACUAAUAAUUGCAAGCAUGUUAUUGUAUAACAACCUCGUAAAACGGCAGAGCACACUGGGCUGCCCAACUGGUCGACUAUUCUUUGGUAGAACAAAAAUAUAUGAACGUGUUGGUAACAAUGAUUGUGAAACUACGCAAAGGUUACUAUGUAUUUACUCACUUUGAAACUCACUGUCUGAUCCAGCCUACGCGUAUAGUGUUUCUGAACGUGCAAACUAUUAUGAAUUAGAAGAAAAAAACGUAUCACACUUUGUGUUUUGAAACAUGAAUAAAAUGUAG